UAAAGGAGCAGAAUGAGCCCACACACACACACACACACACACAAACUGAUAAGGACAAAGAAUGUCAAACACACAGAGAAUACUGUACACACACACUUGAAGUCUCAUUCCACCGCCACUCCCAACGUGGACAUCGGGACUUCACGACUCACAGGUUGCAACAGGUUCACAGAACCAGGAAGAUACUUGAUAUUGAUAUCUCACACAUAGAGAGAGUUAUUAGAGACCUCCACCAAUCUCCUUGGACCAUCAAAACUUUAUGCACUGCCAUGCAGACCUCUCUCCUCUUGAUGGCGCUGUACCUGUCCAUUCCAGGGGGCACCCAGGCCUUCAAACCCCUCAUCUCAGGAGGGGGCUCGGUCACACACCGUGACAUCACACAGAGGGCCGUAUUACGCAAAACCGCAGAGGUCUGCCGCGCCCUUGCUGCCGCCCAGGGGCGGGACUUCAGCCUGCCAAUUGAUGACAGUCUCUCCAUCAUCAAACUACAGAAGGCCUGCUCUGCAGACUCCUCCUCUUCCUCCCUCGUCUCCACCAUCCUCUUCCAGAGCGCCAUUGUCAAGAUGUACCUUAGCAACGCCCUGGUGGACAUGGCGUUUGCUCUGAGCAAAGCGCACCACUUCGACGGUGAGACCUUCCAGGGGGGGCGGGCCCUGAUCACGGCGGGGGUGUCGGAGGUCAAGGCCAGCGUCAAACGAGGGAGGUUCCUAUUGGCCAGGCUGGCGCUGGGACGAGUCUGUCACACACUACAGGAUUUCUACAGCCACAGUAACUGGGUUGAGAUGGGGAACAGACAGCCGUACAGCACUCUGAUCAGACCUGACCUGCAACUGGUGAACCUGGCAGGCCCCAGUACUCCGACCUGUAGGAGCUGUAUGGGAGGUAACUGUACUGAUAACAUCCUACCAGAGGUCUUACAGCAGGGCCUUCUCACCUCUGGAUACUUCAACCUGUUCUCCUCCAACAAACCUGCAGGUAAGUGUAGCCACGGCGGGUCGUUUGACCGGACCAGCGGUCGGGACCCGAAAGGGGGCAUCAACAAGGACGACGUGGGGUCCAGUCACGGUCACCUCCACCACACUGCAGCCGACGUGGCCGUCAACGCCACCAUGGAACUGUUGGAGGACAUCAGAGGAGCUGCCGGGGACAAAGACUUCCUACGGUUAAUGGACAUCACCCAGUCACCAGUGUUGUGUUUUGUCAUCGACACCACAGGCAGUAUGAGUGAUGACAUCACUGAGGCUAAGAGAGUGUCCUUCUCCAUCAUCGACAGUAAGAGAGGAACCCAGCAGGAACCUUCAUCAUACAUCCUGGUCCCCUUCAACGACCCAGAAUUUGGACCUCUGAUCACCACAACAAAUGCAGACAUUUUCAAACAGAGAAUCAACACACUGACAGCAUCAGGAGGAGGAGAUAUACCAGAGCUGUGCCUGUCAGGACUACAGCUGGCCCUCACGGCGGCGCCACCCUCCUCUGAGAUCUUUGUGUUCACUGAUGCUCCUGCUAAAGACACUGCAUUGAAGAGCACUGUCACUGCCCUCAUAGAGAGCACCAAGUCUGUGGUGACCUUCAUGUUGACUGACAACCUCCGAUCCAGUCGACGUCGUCGUAGGCGUUCCAUGGGCGGGGCUUCAGCCAUAUGGCCCAGUAAGGGUGGAGCCUCCAACCGGAUGGCCCAAUCAGACGCUCAGCUGUACCGUGACCUUGCCCAGGCCUCUGGAGGUCAGGCCAUUGAGGUCACCAAGGAGGAUCUGCACCGGGCCACCAGCGUCAUCGAGGACGCCUCCGCUGCAGCACAGGUGACUGUUCUACAGGAGGUAAGGAGCACAGGAAAGGCAGAGAAUUUCUCCUUUACAGUAGACGAGUCUAUGAGAAACCUGAAUGCUUACAUCACAGGAGGAUCCCUCUCCUUCACUCUCACCAGCCCUUCAGGUGUGUCUCAGAGUAACAGUGAGGCCAGCGGUCCUCUGGGGACCAUCCAGACUGUAGGGAACCUACACCGCGUCUCUCUGACCACACACAACAACACAGGAUUAUGGGAAAUCAAUCUUAACUCCCUAGAGUCUUACUCACUGAAGGUCAUAGGUCAGAGCUCUGUUAAUUUCGGCUACCAUUUCGUGGAGGCUUUCGGCGGUGCUCAUGGAGACUUUGGCCUCAAAGAGGGCCGUCCUCUCACAGGCGAUAACAUAACCCUGCUGGUGUCUGUGACGGGGGUGACUCUGUCACUGUGACGGCGGUGGCCCUGGUCGAGG